CCCAACCCCAGUCCCAUCGUUAGUUUCGUUUCUGGGUCGGUUUCCUUUUUCCCACUCGGGAUUUCGCCCCUCGGGGCGGAGCCAGCGGUCCCUAGAAAUGGCCUUUGUCCCGCUUCCGGGCGUCUUCAUUCUCAGAUUCUUGGAAAGGAUGCGGCCGUCGCAGGUGUCAGCUGUCCGUCGCCAGGCCACUUCUAUGUGCCAGUCUGACCGGGGCCGAGACCGCUUCUUUGUCCUGGAGCUGCCAGACUUUGGUCUGGCUCAUUUCACCCUCUGCGGUGACUGCGGUGACAGCGCACACAGGAUCGCCUCGACCCGCAGAGACACCCGCCUUGAGACGUUCCUCCUCGCGCCCGGGCGUAGCUACUCCCUGUACGUGCCCAUAGCCCCAGGUUCGGGCUACGGAGGCCGGAUCCGCGCUGCGCGUCUGCACCAGCAUCUGCUAAAACAACUUAGCCGGGAACCUUUCCAGAAGUGCCAGCUGCGGCGCCUGCUCUCCUACUCCCCUGACAGUCCACCAGGGAGCACGGAGAAGGGCUUCGUCCUGUGGGAUCCCCAGGACUGCCUAAAAAUACAGAAAGCCUUGGAGGGGCUGCUGGCCGCCUGCAAAGCUCCGCGUCCACAUCUGGGCAUGUUCGAGGCUGACCACAGUGGUCAGAUCUGGCAGAGUCUGUGGGAGCUGCCAGGGGGAGUAGGAGAUGAAGGGCGGAAGCUAGUGGGUAAGCUGCGAGUGGUGUCUACUGAGGAGCCUCCUCUGCACCCUUCAGUGCCAGACCUACAGGGCUCUGUGGUUUUUCCCAAUUUAGAGGAAGCCCGAGAGGUUAUUGUGCAGUGUACAUCUUCAAUUCCUGAAGCCCAAGAAGUUCUUAAUUUGGUGGAUAAAUGCCCGAAGAAUGCCCAGAAGGGAAAAUUCCCUGUCAUUGUUAUUGAGGGUUUGGAUGCUACUGGAAAAACUACAGUGACCCAGAGAAUUGCAGAAGCACUGAAUGCUGUGUUCUUAAAGUCACCUCCACCCUGUGUCAUCCAGUGGCGAAAAAUAUUUGAUAAUGAGCCAGCAAUCAUUAGACGGGCAUAUUACUCCCUAGGAAAUUAUAUCAUGGCUUCUGAAAUAGCAAAAGAAUCUAUGCAGGGUCCUGUUAUUAUAGACAGGUACUGGCACAGCACAGCUGCUUAUGCAAUUGCCACUGAAAUAAGUGGCUUUCCCCACUACCUACCUCCAGCUCAUCACCUUGUGUAUCAGUGGCCCAAGGACUUACUCAAACCCGAUAUUGUACUGCUGCUAACUGUGAAUCCUGAGGAGAGGAUACAUAGGAUCCAGGAACGUGGGAUGAAUAAGACAAAGGAAGAAACUGAGCUGGAAACCAACAAGUUAUUUCGUGAAAAGGUGGAAAUAUCCUAUCAGAGGAUGGAGAACCCUGCAUGUCAUAUAGUGGAUGCCAACCCAGACAGGGAAGAAGUCAUCCAGACUGUUUUAAGUGUAAUUAAAAAGUAUUGUACCUCAUUGUAGUCACUCCUGGGAAGUGACAGACUUUGCCUAAUUAUACAUUAAUAAACCUCACCCCAAAAUCUAUCCCAAUAUUUUUCUAGAUCCCUGUUAGAUAUUUACAGUAGGAGGAAAGGAAGGAACUUAAUAUGCAUCAUACAAACAUGGCUGUGGGGCUAGAAGACCUAGGUUCAAAUCCUACCUCUGAUGUUUAUUACUGGGGGACUCUAGACAAGUCACUUAACUGCCUUGGGCCUCAGUUUCCCUUUUUUAUAAAAUGAGAGGUUGGGACUCAGCUUCAGAUAUCCCUUCAAGCUUUAGACUAGUGAUCCUAUGAUCUGUGUGGCAAGUACAAGUUAAUGAAAAGAGCAUUGUAUUUGAAGUCAGAAAACCCAGACCAGAAUUCUGACUCUGCUACUUACUAGCUAAGACCAUGAACAAAUUGUUUCUACCACUGUCCUCUCAGUUACCUUCCAACUCUUUAUCUGGUAAUCCUCUUUUAUGCAUGUUUGUUCAAAUACAUACAUGUGUGUAUAUGUACAUAUAUGCACACAUACAUGAGUGCACAUAAACACAUACAUUCCCAUCUGGAUAAUGCUUGCAUUAUAUACUGUCUUUUAUCCAGAUAUUCUCUUCUGUGGUGUCAUGACACCACAGAUAUGAUGUACCCCAGCAGUGGGUUAAUCAAGGAACUGUUUUCCUAUCUUCUUUAUUUAAAAAAAAAUUCUGGAACAAAGUGCGACUUCAAACUCCAAACAAUCCAGAACUAUUUUCCUAUCUUCUUUGUUAAAAACAAAUUCUGGAACAAUAGGUCUGUAUGACUUUCCAUGUCUUCCUAAGCACUCAUUACUUCACUCCUGUGCCACCUUUAGCAUCCCUUUGAAUAAAUAUCAUUACUUUUUUAGGGGGACAACAAGCAUCUAGCAGCAGCCCUGAGAGUUUUCUGGCUUCAUUGAGAUCAUAGUUAUCUUCUGCCAGCCCUCAUACUAUGUAUUAUAAUCACUGACAUGUUUUUGAUAUGAUUAUGAAGAUGACUAUUUCUCUAAGUGGAUGUCUUUCUUGAGGUUGGCCCCCACAAUGUUUCCUAUGAAGAAUGACUUCCUUGCUUAGAAAGCUUAGGAUUCAUUAUUGGGCAAGGGAACAAACUAUAUCUGGGAGAAAGUAGCAAAGGACACAUUUCUCCUUCCUGUAGUUAAAUUUUUCAAUGUCUUAGCAGGCCCUGGACUUGCAUUUUACAAUUGGCAAGGUAAGACUUAAAUGCAAAAUGCUCUGAUAAAUGAACAUUAGCAUUUUUACAAUUGCACAACACCCUUCUGUACCUCCCAAUUGCCUUCAGAAUAAAGUACAAGUUCCUAAGCCUGGAAUCCAUGUCUCUCUUUUUAUUCCCAAACACGAGCAGUUUGCUCAACACUUGCCUAUUACUGUUUGUUGAGAUUUGUGUCAUCUGCAUUUUUGCCUCUGUACAUACCAUUCCCUUUGGGCAAAAUACCAAUCUCCUGACCCCAGUCCCACAUUCUACCUAUCUUACCCAUUACUUAUCUUAUGAAUCAGCUCAAGUACCAUCUCCUCUAGAAAAUCUCCCUUGGAUUCAUCUUUGAACUCAUGGCCCUUAUCAUCUAUGUUUCACUGAUUCUUAAUGGUGUAUUAUGACACUGAAGUUCCCUGGAUCUGAAAUCAGCCCUGCAUAUUACUGUAUAUGUGAACCUAAGCAAGUAAUUUUAUUUCUCUAGGACCUCAGCUUGUUUUUUUGCUUGUUUUUUUGAAAUCUUUUAAACAAGUGAGUUGGACUAGAAAUUACAGAAGUUUCUUCUAGCACUAAAUCCUCUGAUAGCAUGAGCUAUUUAAAUAUUGCAGCUCUGUAACUUUUUUUACAUCUUGUUUCUAACCUUUGUAGAUUUUGAUUCCCUUGAUCAGAAGGACCCUGCAAAUCAUAAAACAAUAAUAUGCACAUAAUAGAAGCUUAAGAAAUAUUUGGUGAAUCAUGAAUAGUUGACAUUUAUAGACUUCCUUCCAAUCAUGUUUUUAUUUAGUCAUGAUCUUCCCCCCUCCAAAAAAAAAUGUGUGGCACUGAAAACAUAAACCUCUUACACUGAACUGGGAACUUAGCUGUCUCAACACUUUGUUUAUGUGGGUGUUUAUAUGUUUUUUCCCAUGUAGGUAUUCUGAUAAACUAAUUAAAA